AAGCAAUUCAUCCCAGUAACUCUUCAGCUGACUUGGCAUUUGACGAGGUGACAAUCUGGUGUUGCAGCCAGUUCGCUGCCCCUGCAUUUAGAGGCCCAUUCUCAGCUCAUACAUUCGCGGCAGGCGUACCGUCCCUUCUCGCUCAAUCAGACUAGGUCUCUCAUAAGCGGCUCGAACGCCUUUAUCUAUAAAAAAUCCCAUUGUCUCCCUCCGUCACGACUCUCAGCCAGAUCCUCAGCCCGACUCACAGGCAGACCCUCAGCUUGACCCUCAUCCAGUCACUUUCGCCUGAUCUAUUGAUAGAACUACUAGAUCCGGAAUGGCUAGACCGGCAGCACCCACCGCCGCUGCCCCGCAGUGGCCUCCGGAUUACAACCGUGAUCACGUUACCGUCGAAGACAUCGGUGAAGACUACGACGACGACGACUCGUCGUUCGACGGCUACGACUUUCGCGGCGACGCCGGCGACGACGACGACGCGUUUUCCACGGCGUCGUCCGAGGAUCUGACGAUCGAGGUCGAAGCGCUCAAGCGCGACGCCGCCAGCAAGAAGUACUCGCCGUCCGCCGGCGUGCCGUCGGCGUCCGCCGCCCCCGGCGCUUCCGUGCUCACCUUCCGCAACAUCUCGUAUUCCGUGUUCGUCAAGCAGCGCAAGGGGGAGCCUUCCGCCGCCGCCGGUCCGCAGUUCGCGCGGCAGGACAGCACGCUCGCGAACUUCCCCGGACUGCCGCAGCAAGGCUUUCAAACGGCUAGUGCGCCUGCUGCUGUCGCGGAAGCUAGUGCGCCGGGAGCGGGUGAAAGCGCGGCAGGCGGCGGAACCAGCGCCGCGCCAGGCAGCGGCGGGAUACGCGGGAUCGUCGGGAUCGGGGGGAUGCGCCGUAAGCGCAUUCGGCGGCAGAUCCUAGCGGGCGUGAACGGCGAGGCACGGUCGGGGGAGGUGACCGCGAUCAUGGGCGCAAGCGGCGGCGGAAAGACGACGCUGCUGAACAUCCUGGCGCAGCGGAUCUCCUCCGGGCGGCGGAAGGGGACGGUGGAGCUGGAUGCGGGGGAAGGCGCGGUCACGGUGAGCGCGGGGAUGAUGCGGCACGUCUCCGCGUACGUGAUGCAAGACGACGUGCUGUUCCCGUCGCUCACGGUGCGCGAAACGCUCAUGUACGCCGCGGAGCUUCGCGUGGAGCCGAGAUUCUCGCGACGCGAAAAGGAGGAGAAGGUUGACCGUCUGAUCGAUCUGCUUGGGCUCGCGAAAGUGGCGGAGACGCUGAUUGGCGGCGAAAGGAAGAGAGGCGUUUCUGGCGGCGAGCGAAAGCGAGUGGCGAUAGGGGUGGAGAUGGUGAGCGACCCCAAGAUCCUGUUUCUCGACGAGCCGACCUCAGGGCUUGAUUCCACCAACGCGUUUCGGGUUGUACGCGCUAUUAAGUCCGUCGCCAUCCAGACAGCAAGCAUUUCCGUGAUGGUGAUUCAUCAGCCAUCAUAUAGAGUCCUUAGCCUCAUCGACAAGCUUCUCCUGCUGGGCGUGGGCCAGACGGCUUAUCUGGGCCCACCUGCCGGCCUUCCGGAUUUCCUCUCGUCUCUUGGCAGCCCGGUGCCAGAGGGAUCCAACAGCACAGAGCAUGGCUUGGACGUCAUGGCAGUGCUACAGGCCCAGGGUGUUACAGACAUCCAAGCCUACGUCCAAGCCUGCCAAGCCGGCGUUUCCGACCCUGUAGCAGCGAGUCGGAAGGCGUUGGCGGUUACGAGCGAUGCGGUUACCCCAAAGUCUCCCAGGGGGAAAUUGGGAUGGGGGCAGCUCGGCAAAGGGCGAAAGGAGGAACAGCCGACGAAGACAGGGGGGAAGGAGAAUGAGCCUAAGGGGCAGCAAUACGCAAACGGAUGGUUUGGGGAGUUGAUGGUGCUGACCAGGAGAGCUACAGUGAACAUCAUGCGCACUCCUGCGCUGUACCUGCUGCGGCUGGCGCUCAUCCUUAUAACGAGUGUGCUGCUAGCGAUUCUGUUCUGGAAGCCAGAAGAAACGCCGGAGGGGGCGUCGAUUCGGCUGUCCUUCCUCUCAUGCGCGACCUGCAUUGUCUUCUACACCUCUUGCGAUGCCGUGCCGAUAUUCAUAGAGGAAUGCGCAAUAUUCACAAGGGAAUCUGCCAAUAACGCGUACAGGCCGUCAACCUACCUGGUGUCAGCAACCCUGGUCUACCUGCCCUUGCACUUCCUCAUGGCGCUGCUUCUCACGGCUGUCUCAUGGGGAAGCAUCAGCCUGGCGGGCGGCGCAGAGGGUUUUCUCUUCAUGGUGCUCGCGUGUUUCGUCAUGUUCUUCACAGCGAAUGCCAUCGCGACAUGUGUCAGCAUCUGCGUCAAGGAUGUUGUGCUGGCAUAUGCAACUGCCAUCUCUCUCAUGUCCUACUUCUACCUCGUUAGUGGCUUCUACGUUACAAGGACUCAAAUGUCUCCGGCACUCAUAUGGCUACACUACUUGUCGCCCUUCAAAUACGCUUAUGAAGCUCUCGCUAUCAACCAAUAUGACAGGCCCGACCUCUGCUACAUGCGCGUUGACAGCACCUUGGGAGCUCCACCAGGCACCUUGCCACCCGCCGCUUCAACUCCCCAGCAACCUACUCCAGGGGCCGCGGGUGCGGGGACGUGCUUGCUCACUGGGCCGCAGCUGCUGACGGAGCGGUCCAUUGACCAACUUGGGAAGUGGCAGUGCUUGGUGGUGCUGCUGGUGUUUGGAAUUGCUGUGAAGCUGCUCACGUUUGUGCUGCUGGUGAGGCUUCAGAGGGCCAAGCACAAGUGAGGGGGUCAGGAGGAAGAAGGUUGAAAGAAUAAGGUGUGUUCUGAGGGGCCUCGGAAUGCAGUUGCCCACGUUUGUGCUGCUGGGGAGGCUCGGAAGGACCAUACAGAAAUGAAGGAACUAGAAUCUACCGUAAACGCCCGGAUAUAAGUCUUGCUUAGUUAAAGCCCCAUUGAGUCUUUUUGGCGGUGGGGUCUUAAACUCAGUGGUAUGACUGAGUGUACCCCCCCCCUUGAUGGUGUAGACGGUAUAAGACCCCCCAGCUCGUUUUUUCCACUAUAUUAACCACUAUCACAGCAAUUAGCUACGUCACAA